UUUCUGAGCAAGUCGCCUCCAGAACAACAAAUGAGCAGCAAAAUUAUUUUUACGAUUUUUACCUUCACAAGUGCAUCGACUUUACAUUAUAUCGUCUCACUGUUUUUAUCUGUGGUACUGUGUAGUUCUGGCUGUUUUCAGGGACCUCCUCUGCCUAACAAACCAUUUAUAACCGUAUGGAACACACCUACGGAUCGAUGUGAACCAGAAUGGAACGUCUCUUUAGAUCUGAGUGCUUUUGACAUCGUGGUGAACAAAGACCAGAGGUGGUGUGGAGAAUACAUCGUUAUAUUCUACGACACACAACUUGGAUUGUAUCCGUAUUUUGACAGCAAUAGAAAAGCUUUCAACGGUGGUGUACCUCAGGUAGUGGGCUUGUUGUAGGGUUGUUUUUUGGGCUUGCAACUACGUGACAACGUGACAACGGAGAAUUUGAGAAAAAAAAAGAAAGAAAGAAAAGGUUAAGAUACAAGCGGAGGGAAACGCUUUUGUUAUUUGUCAACCAACAUGGCAGUCAUGAAGUCACCUGCAAAUUUGCAGCAGCUAAAUUGACAAUUCAUUAAUUUCACCAAGACUUAUCCCGAAAAGGAGAAGUAGAGGUUACUAGGCACUAAGCUUUUUCCUUAAUUGCAACUCUACUGCCUGGUUAGCUCAGUUGGGAGAGUAGCCUGCAGCUAGUGCAGGCAUAUUUUGGAAGGGCGAAAGCUGCUUGUUUAUGUUCGUGUUGUUGCCGCCGUGAUGUUUGAUUUUAUGACAGAGGAAGAUUGGGGAGAGCAGAAAUAGUAACCCUUAGAGUAGGUGCUAUGGAACUUCUUCCCAAUAGCCUUCACUGCAGGCUAUUGGGAGAGCAUGAGUCUGCCAAGGGGGAGGUUGCAGGUUCAAACCACUCAGGGUCUUUAAAUAACUGAGAAGAAAGUGCUGCCCUUCUGUUAGACUUUUUAGUUUUCUCAGAUUAGGACGAAAAACUGUACAGGUCCAGGUUCACAACACUUUCACUUAUCUGGUUCUUGUGGGAUGUAAAAGAACCCACACCACUGUUCGAAAAGAGUGAGGGGACAUACAUGUACAUGUAGACCCCGGUGGGUUGACAAACCUUUCCUGGACUGGGUGAGUUAUCUGUAAGGAGAGAUCUUACCAUAGCGAUUCCUCCUUUAGGAGUCGCAAUGGCUACCUGCAAACAAUGUAACUGUACGUGUGCAGGGCUGUCAUUAAGAGGCGGGGGCUGGGGAUUCCCCCGGCUACUAUGAACAUGGCCCCCUGCUACUUUCAAAGGAAAAUAAAAGAAAAAUGGAUCCAAAAGAAACCUCUAGCUAUUUGGUUCCCCGCCUACUUGUUGUAUUUAUACCCUGCAACUUGAAAUCUUAGUGACAACCCUGCAUGUGUGCCGGCUUUAAGGUACACAAUGGUCUUUUUUUUCUUUUUAUGUGAUAGCUUGGAAAUCUUACAGCACACUUAUUAAAAGUAGAGCAAGAUGUAGCAAAUAUCAUUCCUGAUAAUGAAUUUCAAGGUAUUGGUGUGAUUGACUGGGAAUACUGGAGACCUGUGUUUGACAGAAACUGGGAUAAACUCUCCAUCUAUAGGUCUGUCAGAAUUUUGUUUUGUCUUGAAAUAGUUGAACACUUUGAUUGGUGAGCCUCUAUAUUGGGUAUUUCCAAAGAAAUCAAAGUCGCGACACUUGCUGUUGAUGAAGCAAAGAUCUUAGGGAUUAAAGCAUGGAUCACAUUCCUAUUCCAAUCAAGACUUGUAAAAAUCUGCCCAAAAACUGUGCUGCACAAUCAGAGUUUUUGCUUUGCUUAUUAAAACUGUUGCUCUCUUGAUUUUCUCGUUUCCAAUGCGUUGUGGUUGCACUAAGCUCACUAGUAGCAUAAUUUACCACACAAAAUUUGUUCUCGAUAUUAUUGAAUAUUUCACCCGAAAAAAAGCUAAUUUGAUGGGAAGCACAUGACAAAAUUGGCAUCCACAGGUACCCAAUCAGAGGCUCAUUACAGGUAUUCUACAUGUCUAAUAUUAAUCUAAGAUAGACUUGGUUUUGUUUUUCUUCAGUGAAGAAUUUCAAUAAUUAAAAUUUGUCCAAUUCACUUUUGCCAGUUUAUUUUCACAAAAUCAGAGAAGAUCAAGAUUAAUUUGAAUUUUUGGUGUUAUUGAGAUCUUGUUACUGCAACACCUAAUUCCAUGUCCUUGCAUGAGACCAACCUACAAACCUUACGUGAAUAAUUUACAGAACUUUAUGAAUGACUGAUUGAUUGAAUGAAUGAAUGAUUGAUUUAUUUAUCUAAAAUCAGAAUCAAUCAAUCAAAAUCAAACUCAUUCAUUCCAUCAAUCAAUUGAUUCGAUGGAAUGAAUUAAUGAAUGAAUGAAAAGAAAGAAAAUGAUUAUUUUAUGAUCAAAUUUGUCCUUGUUAAUUCUGAAGUUGGGUAUAAACAGGCACUAGCACUUGAGUGAUGCAAAAUGAUAAUUACAAAAUUGAUUAUUUUUCAAUUCAUAGGAACAAGUCUAUGGAACUGGUCAAACAGAGACACCCUUUGUGGCCAGAUAGUUUAGUUGAAGACAUAGCUAGAGUUGAGUUUGAAACAGCAGCCCAAGAAUUCAUGGAAGAAACUUUGCUGCUUGUUCAGAAACUUCGCCCAAAGUCCUUGUGGGGAUUUUAUGGAUUUCCAAAUUGUUACAAUGACAAAGAUGCUGACAAUUGCAGUCAAGUCACCAUGAAGUACAAUGAUCAAAUUUCUUGGUUGUUUGAGUGGAGUUCAGUGCUGUUUCCAUCAAUAUAUCUUCACGACAAGGCAAAACUGAAUGGCACAUUGUUUGUGAAGUACAGGCUUCUGGAAAGCUUUAGAUUCGCUAAGAAGUUGGAUGGAAGCCCCAUUCCUGUGUUCCCGUAUGUUCGAAUAACAUAUGCAGUAUCUCAGGUGUACCUCAAUGUGGUAAGUCAAUUAAUGUUUAUCCUCAGCAGUAUUUUUAUAUGA